AGUGAACUAACAAGGAAGAGGCUUGUCAAUUGCCAGAGUUAGGAAACGUGGCCUUAGCAAAGGAGAAUCCAACAUUAAUAGAAACAAGCUGUUUUGAUAGGCGGCAAAUAGCGUACACGACUCGGUUGGGUUGGUGAACAACUUGCAAACAUGGCCGAUAUUAAUCAAGGAUCGGUCUUACCUAGCGAAACUUCACCUCCAGCUCUGGACGGACUGAAUGCAACCGACUCCAAUGGUACCGACGCUGUCAACGCAACAGUGGCCAAGUUUGUGGCGACACCGGAGGGAACAGCACUGGCAUAUGGCAGCCUUGUGUUCAUGGCUCUGUUGCCCAUCUUCUUCGGUGCGCUGCGGUCCGUCAGCUGCGGCAAAAGCAAGGUUGCUGGAGAAAAUGGUUGUGAUUAUGAGUACAGAAACUCCUCAGACAUGCCAGAGACCAUCACAGGCAGAGAUGCUGCACGGUUCCCCAUCAUUGCCAGCUGCACCCUUUUCGGCCUCUAUCUCUUCUUCAAAAUUUUCUCUCAAGAGUACAUCAACUUGCUGCUAUCAAUGUAUUUCUUUGUCCUGGGGAUUUUGGCACUGGCUCAUACAAUGAGUCCUUUCAUGAACAGGAUCUUCCCUGCCAACAUCCCCAUCAAGCAGUACCAGCUGCUCUUCACUCAGGGCUCGGGAGAGACCAAAGAAGAGAUGGUCAACUAUGAGUUUGACACCAAGGACAUGAUCUGCCUGGUCAUCAGCACUGUGGUUGGGGUCUGGUACAUCCUCAAGAAGCACUGGAUUGCCAACAACCUCUUUGGCCUGGCGUUCGCACUGAAUGGGGUGGAGCUUCUGCACCUGAACAACAUCAGUACUGGCUGUAUCCUGCUGGGGGGGCUGUUUGUGUAUGAUGUCUUCUGGGUAUUUGGCACCAAUGUCAUGGUUACUGUGGCCAAGUCGUUCGAGGCACCCAUUAAGUUGGUGUUUCCCCAGGACCUGCUGGAGAAGGGUCUGGGUGCCAGUCAAUUUGCAAUGCUGGGGCUGGGAGAUAUUGUCAUUCCAGGUAUCUUCAUUGCUUUACUUCUCCGCUUUGAUGUCAGUCUAAAGAAGAACACCAGGACCUACUUCCACACCAGCUUCCUGGCCUACAUCUUUGGCUUGGGCCUGACCAUCUGGGUCAUGCACACCUUUAAACACGCCCAGCCUGCCUUGCUGUACCUGGUCCCAGCCUGUAUUGGAUUCCCAUUGGUUGUAGCUCUGUUGAAAGGAGAACUGACUGAGAUGUUCAGGUACGAGGAAGUGUCUGCGGAAGAUAUUGCUGCUAAAGAAGGGACUACACAGGUUGAGAAAAAAGACAAAUGACGACCGAGUUCCUACCAGGUUGUCCGUCACUCUCUGGUACCACGUUCACAGCAGCCCUCCUGUCUAUACACAUCCUAGGAGGGUGUUCAUGUUUCCCUGGAGUUGUGUGCUGUACAAGGAAGUGGAUGAUUUAAAAAAAAAUUAAAUAACUGUUAUAACAUUGGGAAAUGUUGUAGUUUAAGUGUUUGUAAAAGAGCUUUUUGGUGCCUAUGUUUUCGUUCUUGUUUUGUAUUUCUUUCCCUUUUGCAUUCUCAUAUUUCUUGUUUUUAUUUCAUUUGAUUCGCCAGUAUUUUAAACUCAUAUGUUUUACUUUUUUUUUAUUUUUGGGUGAAUCUGAGAUCACUGGAAGCUGAACAUUUUUUAGAAAUUGCUCUCGGGAUACUCAGAUAACAGCGGUCAAGUUUGGUGGUUUAGUUUGUUUCUGUCUUGGUUUGCUAAAGGAAUCCCUUCCUCAUCGAGAAUGAAACAUCAUUGGACGAUGUAAAGGAGGCUGGAUAUGAGUCUACAAUUGUCACACACAUGCUUUAGAAGGAGCUUCAUCUUUACUACUGUCCUCUGGCCUGGAAGUAGGCCUAAAUACCUACCAUUCUCAAGGUAUAAUUGCACCAAUUUGGUAGUGCAUGUAAUUACAUGCCGCCUGACUUGUUGGCCAGUGUAAAGGUAAUAAUAGCUUAGAAUUCAGAUCAGCGUAUUUAAGGAAGUAACUAAACUUGUGCAAUCAUGAUAUCACAUUUUGAUAUUUGCUAUGACACAAUGAGAUUUCUGAGAGUCUUACUCUGUCAUGCUCAGUCAUAUCCAAUCAGAAGAGUCUGUUAUAUGGAAAUAAUGUAUUAGUAUAGGAGUUGGUUACGUCCCGUGCAGUGACUGAGCGGUACCUGCAGAUGGAGACCGUGUCGACAGAACCAUAUCUCCUCGGAGAGAGGAGACCCAGGGGAUCAAAUGAUUCCUCUUGCUUUAGGUUGGGGUUGUUUUGCUUUGAUUAUGUAGAAGUUCUGUCCUUUUGCAGAACGGAGCCGUGUGUUUCAGCCCGGGGGGGUUGUGUUAGGGAUUUAAGAUUGAGCAGUUCUGUAGUAAUGUGUUUAGGUGAAGUUCAGUAACCCUGCUAUCAUUUCAAAUAUACAUUUUCUUUUCUCCUAUUCUACUUGUGUAAUUCAAAGUUUAUUAUGAGCCUUUGUUUAUUUUCAAUAAAUGAUGGUGUAUAUCACCGUAGAGAAGCAUAACCAAUGUGUAGGUCUUUAGUUUUGUGUUGAAGUAGCCACCCACACAUGGGUUUUUCUGGUUAUUUAGAAUAAAUUCUACAGGGAAGUGCAUUCUGGGCUGUAGGAGGGAUGGCGCGGAGAGCACAUCUGAUGGACCACUCGAGGGAGAUUAGGAUGUUACAGCGCAGAAAGCAUUUAGACCCCUUGACCUAUUAAAAUAAAAACCUCUA